AAUCUAACAUCUGUCUCAGAAUUCCAUCUCAUUGGUUUCUCAGAGGACCCAGACCGGCAGCCUGUCUUCCUUGGACUUUUCCUGUCCAUGUACCUGGUCACAGUGCUCGGGAACCUGCUCAUCAUCCUGGCUGUCAUCUCUGACUCCCACCUCCACACCCCCAUGUACUUCUUCCUCUCCAACCUGUCUAUUGUUGACAUCUGUUUCAUCUCCACUACAGUACCAAAGAUGAUUGUGGACCACCUAACUCACAGCAGGGUAAUUUCCUAUGUGGGCUGCCUGACACAGAUGACAUUUUUUAUGAUAUUUAUUUGUAUUGAUGACAUGCUUUUGGUUAUGAUGGCCUAUGACCAGUUUGUGGCGAUCUGUCACCCCCUGUACUAUGCAGUCAUUAUGAAUCCUCGCCUCUGUGCCUUAUUACUUUUUCUAUCUAUCUUUGUUAGCCUUUUGGAUUCCCAGCUGCACAAUUUAGUUACCUUACAAAUUACCUGCUUUAGGCAUGCAGAAAUUGCCAAUUUCUUCUGUCAUCCUUCUCAAGUCUUUAGCCUUUCAUGUUCUGAUAUGUUAAUCAAAACUAUGGUCACAUAUUUUGGUGGUACCAUGUUUGGCUUUAUUCCUGUGUUAGGAAUCCUUCUCUCUUACUAUAAAAUUGUUUCUUCCAUUCUCAAAAUACCAUCAUCUGGUGGGAGAUACAAAGCCUUUUCCACCUGUAGCUCUCACCUGUCAGUGGUUUGCUUAUUUUAUGGCACAGCUAUUGGAACUUACAUUGGUUCAGCUGAGUCAUAUUCUUCCAGCAAAGGCAUGGUGGCUUCAUUGAUGUACACUGCGGUCACCCCUAUGCUGAAUCCCUUCAUCUACAGCCUGAGGAACAGAGACAUUAUCAACACCCUGAAGAGGCUCCACAGUCGGAGCAUUUAA